AUGUCCGUGGUCCUGUCCAGCUUCCCUGUGCUGCUGAAGGAGAAGAGCUUCCAGGCCGCCAUGCUGCAGAGCAGUCCAGCCCGGGGCUUCUUCCCCAGCCUGCAGCUCCCGGGGCCCCAUCAUCCCUACAUGGACCUGUUCCCGCGGAGCCACGCUCUCCUGGAUCCGCUCAAGUCCCUGGGUCGGCUGGUGUCGGACACCCGCGCCCCCCUGCCUCUCCGGCUGCACCCCGGGGCGCCUCUUGCGCGCUCCCAGCUGCUCCACGAGCACAUGUGCGCCUCCAGCAUCUCCAGCAUCCACACCAGCAUGCCCUACCUGCCCCAGAUGAUGCAGCCGGGACAGGGAGCGCUCUCCCGGCCGGAGGAGGAGCCGUGCGCCGGGCUGGCGGAGCCGCCGGCCGGUGCGCCCUCCUCGGACCUCCACAGCCCGGCCGGGGAGACGUCCCCCUGCGCCUCGUCCGUCUCCUACACGCCCAGCAAGGAGGAUUUGUUUCGCUUCCACGCCGCGGAGCCGUCACCCGCACAGACAAAGAUCCCAUCGUAUAAUUUCAGCGAGGACGACUUGUUUAUGGUGCUUUACGGUUAUUCUGGCAGAAGGGAGAGCAGCGCGGGGCACGCGUUAUCAGGGAUGGCCCUACUGGAAAACUCAGCUUCUGACUUCCACCUCCUCCCACUGGACAAAGAGACUCUUGAACUUCCACAAGGGCUGAUCAUCCUCCAGGCAGCGUGGGGAAACGCUUCCCACUGUGGAGUUUUUGCGGAUAAAAGCAGCAUCCCUAAAGGCAUGCGUUUCGGACCUUUCCAAGGAAAGCUGGUCAACACCAGCGAGAUUAAAACAUAUGAUGACAACACCUUGAUGUGGGAGGUGUUUGAGAACGGGCGGCUGAGCCACUUUGUGGAUGGCAGGGGCGCGUCGGGGAACUGGAUGUCUCUGGUGAAGUGCGCGCGUUUCCCCGAAGAGCAGAACCUGGUGGCGGUGCAGGUGCAGAACCAGAUCUUCUACGAGGCCUGCAAGGACAUCAGUCCCGGCCAGGAGCUGCUGGUCUGGUACGGGGACUGCUACACGCAGUUCCUCGGAAUCCCUCUCACACUCAAAGACCCGAGAGAGGAAAACGAGAAGUCUCCCCUCACUGAAGAUACUGGCGAGGGCUUCAAGUGUGACAGGUGUGGGAAGGUGUUUGCGUACAAAUACUACAGAGACAAGCACCUGAAGUACACGCGCUGCGUGGACCAGGGAGACAGGAAGUUUCCGUGUCACCUGUGCAACAGAUCUUUCGAGAAAAGGGACAGAUUACGGAUCCACGUCCUGCACGUACACGAGAAACACAGACCUCACAAGUGCUCGGUGUGUGGAAAAAGCUUCUCUCAGUCGUCGAGUCUCAACAAGCACAUGCGGGUGCACUCAGGGGAGCGGCCGUACAAGUGCGUUUACUGCAACAAGGCCUUCACCGCCUCCAGCAUCCUGCGCACGCACAUCCGCCAGCACUCCGGCGAGCGGCCGUUCAAGUGCAGACACUGCGGGAAGGCCUUCGCCUCCCACGCCGCACACGACAGCCACGUCCGCCGCACGCACGCCAGGGACAAGCCGUGCCCGUGCGAGCUGUGCGGGGCCUCGUUCCAGGACGAGAAGGAGCUCAAGCAUCACAUGGAAGUCCACAAAAUGAGACCAGUGUUGGACAGCAGCGCUCCUCUGUCUUCUCCGGGGACCGGCCUGCAGGAAGAGCAUCCACAAAUACACAAUACUGGACAAAGCUUCCCUCACACCGGGAUGACACUUUUACAUUCUGAAUACCGGCCCUGGAACUAA